CUACAUAGAAUAAAUAUGAUUUUAAUUGUGUUACCAGGUGUGGAUGUGGAUGCUGAGCUGGCAGCUGCCAUCAUGUCCAGGAGGAUCAUCCAGUCUCUGAUCACCGUGGAAGCCUGGGAGGGAUACACCUUCGCUGACCAUCAGAUCAAGAUCAAGGAGUCACAUGACCUCUACGGAGCUGUGAUGUGGCCCUCGGCCAUAGUGCUGUGUUACUUCCUGGAUACGCACCGCGACACGUACAACCUGCUGGACAAGAACGUCAUCGAGCUGGGCGCCGGGACCGGUCUGGUCUCCAUAGUUACAAGCCUUCUAGGUGCCAAGGUGACGUCCACAGACCUGCCGGAGGUGCUGAGUAACCUUCAGUAUAACGUCCUGCGUAACACCAGGGGUUCCUGUAGACACGCUCCUCGUGUCACUGAGCUGUCCUGGGGGAAGGAGCUGGAACAACACUUCCCUCAGGCUGCCUGUCACUACGACUACGUGUUCGCUGCCGACGUGGUGUACUGCCACCCUUACCUGGCGGAACUCUUGGACACCUUCGAUCACCUGUGUCAGGACGGAACGGAGAUCCUCUGGGCCAUGAGGUUCCGUCUGGACAGAGAGAACCAGUUCGUAGAACGGUUCCAGACCAGGUUCCAUCUGGAUGAAUUGUACGAUCUGCCCAGUCUCAGUAUUAAACUGUACCGAGCAUCGAGGAAGGAGAUGGGGAGGAAGACACGGUCUGGAGAGGCAGCUUAAUACUACCAUGCUCUACGGAAGCAGACACUGCAGGGGGAUGGAGAGAUGGGGAGGAAGACACGGUCUGGAGAGGCAGCUUGAUACUACCAUGCUCUACGGAAGCAGACUGAGAGAUGGGGAGGAAGACACGGUCUGGAGAGGCAGCUUAAUACUACCAUGCUCUACGGAAGCAGUCUGAGACACUGCAGGGGGAUGGAGAGAUGGGGAUGUGUGUUCUUUGAUUGAAUCCCGGCCACUCACUCAGAGAACAAGCCCCUCCCCACCCCGCCAAGCCCCUCCCCACCCAGCCCCUCCCCACCCCACCAAUCCCCUCCCCACCCAGCCAAGCCCCUCCCCACCCCGCCAAGCCCCUCCCCACCCAGCCAAGCCCCUCCCCACCCAGCCCCUCCCUCAACAAAGGCAUUGUCGAGAAGCGCAUUACACUUAACUCUUGAAGGUAAUUUACCCUUGAUCCUACAUCCACAGCAUUUCGGGGAAAUUGUAGUGUCAUGGCCCAGAAAAUAAUUUAUUGGAGCCCUUUUAUGUUUGGUUGUAGCUGUCCACUUUACGGAGGUUACUGUCCUCUUUACAGACAUACCUUUCCUCUUUACGGAGGUUACUGUCCUCUUUACAGAGAUACCUUGCCUCUUUAUGGAGGUUACUGUCCUCUUUACGGAGGUUACUGUUCUCUUUACGGAGAUACCUUUCCUCUUUACGGAGGUUACUGUUCUCUUUACGGAGAUACCUUUCCUCUUUACGGAGGCUACUGUUCUCUUUACGGAGAUACUUUUCCUCUUUACGGAGGUUACUGUCCUCAUUACGGAGAUUACUGUCCUCUUUACGGAGGUUACUGUCCUCUUUACGGAGGCUACUGUUCUCUUUACGGAGGUUACUGUCCUCUUUACGGAGAUUACUGUCCUCUUUACGGAGACUACUGUCCUCUUUACGGAGGUUACUGUCCUCUUUACGGAGGUUACUGUCCUCUUUACGGAGAUUACUGUCCUCUUUACGGAGGUUACUGUCCUCUUUACGGAGGCUACUGUUCUCUUUACGGAGGUUACUGUCCUCUUUACGGAGAUUACUGUCCUCUUUACGGAGACUACUGUCCUCUUUACGGAGGUUACUGUCCUCUUUACGGAGGUUACUGUCCACUUUACGGAGGUUACUGUCCUCUUUACGGAGGUUACUGUCCUCUUUAGCAUUUCGCUACACUCGCAUUAACAUCUGCUAACCAUGUGUAUGUGACAAAUAACAUUUGAUUUGAUUUGAUUCUUUAUGGAGGAUACUGUCCUCUUUACGGAGGUUACUGUCCUCUUUACAUUGGUUACAGUCCUCUUUACAGAGAUACCUUUCCUCUUUACGGAGGUUACUGUCCUCUUUACGGAGGACUACUGUCCUCUUUACGGAGGUUAUUGUCCUCUUUACGGAGGUUACUGUUCUCUUUACGGAGGUUACUGUCCUCUUUACGGAGAUUACUGUCCUCUUUACGGAGUUUACUGUUCUCUUUACGGAGAUAUCUUUCCUCUUUACGGAGGUUACUGUCCUCUUUAUGGAGGUUACUGUCCUCUUUACGGAGGUUACUGUCCUCUUUAAGGAGGUUACUGUCCUCUUUACGGAGGAUACUGUCCUCUUUACGGAGGUUACUGUCCUCUUUACGGAGGUUACUGUCCUCUUUACGGAGAUACCUUUUCUCUUUACGGAGGUUACUGUCCUCUUUACGGAGGUUACUGUCCUCUUUAUGGAGGUUACUGUCCUCUUUACGGAGGUUACUGUCCUCUUUACGGAGGUUACUGUCCUCUUUACGGAGGUUACUGUCCUCUUUACGGAGGCUACUGUUCUCUUUACAGAGGUUACAUGAACUCUCCUUCCCUUCAUGUCUGGGUUUUGAACUCUCCUUCUCUUUAUGUCUGGGUCUUGAACUCUCCCUCCCUUCAUAUCUGGGCCUUGAACUCUCCUUCCCUUCAUAUCUGGGCCUUGAACUCCCAUUCCCUUCAUAUCUGGGCCUUGAACUCUCCUUCCCUUCAUAUCUGGGCCUUGAACUCUCAUUCCCUUCAUAUCUGGGUCUUGAACUCUCCUUCCCUUCAUAUCUGGGCCUUGAACUCUCCUUCCCUUCAUAUCUGGGCCUUGAACUCCCCUUCAUAUCGGGGCAUUGAACUCUCCUUCCCUUCAUGUCUGGGCCUUGAACUCUCCUUCCCUUCAUAUCUGGGCCUUGAACUCCCCUUCAUAUCUGGGCAUUGAACUCUCCUUCCCUUCAUGUCUGGGCCUUGAACUCUCCUUCCCUUCAUAUCUGGGCCUUGAACUCUCCUUCCCUUCAUAUCUGGGCCUUGAACUCUCCUUCCCUUCAUGUCUGGGCCUUGAACUCCCCUUCAUAUCUGGGCCUUGAACUCCCCUUCAUAUCUGGGCCUUGAACUCUCCUUCCCUUCAUAUCUGGGCCUUGAACUCCCCUUCAUAUCGGGGCAUUGAACUCUCCUUCCCUUCAUGUCUGGGCCUUGAACUCUCCUUCCCUUCAUAUCUGGGCCUUGAACUCCCCUUCAUAUCUGGGCAUUGAACUCUCCUUCCCUUCAUGUCUGGGCCUUGAACUCUCCUUCCCUUCAUAUCUGGGCCUUGAACUCUCCUUCCCUUCAUAUCUGGGCCUUGAACUCUCCUUCCCUUCAUGUCUGGGCCUUGAAUUCCCCUUCAUAUCUGGGCCUUGAACUCCCCUUCAUAUCUGGGCCUUGAACUCCCCUUCAUAUCUGGGCAUUGAACUCUCCUUCCCUUCAGGGUCUGGGCAUUGAACUCUCCUUCCCUUCAUGUCUGGGCCUUGAACUCUCCUUCCCUUCAUAUCUGGGCCUUGAACUCCCCUUCAUAUCUGGGCCUUGAACCCCCCUUCAAAUCUGGGCAUUGAACUCCCCUUCAUAUCUGGGCCUUGAACUCUCCUUCAUGUCUGGGUCUUGAACUCUCCUUCCCUUCAUGUCUGGGCCUUGAACUCCCCUUCAUAUCUGGGCAUUGAACUCCCCUUCAUGUCUGGGUCUUGAACUCUCCUCUCUUCAUGUCUGGGCCUUGAACUCCCCAUCCCUUCAUGUCUGGGUCUUGAACUCCCCUUCCCUUCAUGUCUGGGCCUUGAACUCCCCUUCCCUUCAUGUCUGGGUCUUGAACUCCCCUUCCCUUCAUGUCUGGGUCUUGAACUCCCCUUCCCUUCAUGUCUGGGCCUUGAACUCCCCUUCCCUUCAUGUCUGGGUCUUGAACUCCCCUUCCCUUCAUGUCUGGGUCUUGAACUCCCCUUCCCUUCAUGUCUGGGCCUUGAACUCCCCUUCCCUUCAUGUCUGGGCCUUGAACUCCCCUUCCCUUCAUGUCUGGGUCUUGAACUCCCCUUCCCUUCAUGUCUGGGUCUUGAACUCUCCUCUCUUCAUGUCUGGGCCUUGAACUCUCCUUCCCUUCAUGUCUGGGCCUUGAACUCCUCUUCAUAUCUGGGCAUUGAACUCCCCUUCAUGUCUGGGUCUUGAACUCUCCUCUCUUCAUGUCUGGGUCUUGAACUCCCCUUCCCUUCAUGUCUGGGUCUUGAACUCCCCUUCCCUUCAUCUCUGGGCAGAUCAGUAUUUUAUUGUUUUCUCUGUUAUUCAGUUGUAUCUCUGAUUGAAGAUGUAUAGUGUCUGCUUCACCUGAUGUGUUGCUGUACAUAAGAACCUGCUUCACCUGUUGUGUUGCUGUACAUAAACAAGACCUGCUUCACCUGAUGUGUUGCUGUACAUAAACAAGACCUGCUUCACCUGAUGUGUUGCUGUACAUAAACAAGACCUGAUUCA